AUGACAAUUAUUGAAAACGUCAAGGCAACUUUCCUGAGAACAAAAAAAAAUGAUUCUCAAAACAGUGUUGACCAGGAGCUGUUAGAGGAGGAUUUAUCAACAUUCUCCAAAAUCCUGGCCAUAUAUACCAGAAACUCAGAGAACGGUGAACUCUAUUGCAUCGAGGAGAAACCCACUUGCCAUACCAGAGCUAACUGGGGCGAGUUCAGGGCAAAAUACAAGGAGAAUGCCACGGGGUAUUCCCCUCAAACUGCCCAGGUCAAAGAGUACAUAAUGGAUGACAGAGAGCUCGCCAAGAAGCUUACUGGGAAACCGGACCUGUUAAAAGUUUCCGAGUACGUUAAAGCUGGGGAGAUGCAAGUGCGCGGUCUUGUCUCCAUUAUUGACCAGAACGAGAACGAAUUCCACGACUGGUUUUUGUGCCAUAUUCUGGACCAGUGUAGAUUGGAGCUCGACAGUGUCCCUGUGCUUCCCUCUCCCAUAGCUUAUCAUGAAAUGAUUGCUAAUUUUUUUGCGUCGAACUUAAAGAACACUACCGCCCAUGAUGAAUGGGAAGCAUGUGGGCGCGAUUAUUUCAUCGAGAAAGUGAGGUACUUCACCGAUCGAUUUGUUCAAGUGGAGUGUGUUCUGCCAGCUUUCCCGUGCAAGUCGUCGAAUGGGAACAAAGUGCACGGGGCCGUUCCAGACAAAGGCGAGGAACUGGCCUUGAGGAACAUUUACCGCUUCACUGAGCUUGUCAAGGAGAUAUAUCCACCCGGAAUGAAAGUGUGGAUAGUCUCUGACGGUCACGUCUUCUCCGAUUGCAUUGGUGUCGACGAUGACGUCGUGGACCGGUUCACCGAGAACCUGCACGAGCUGUUUGCUAACUCGGGUACCCAGAAUGUGGGUACCGUUGGCUUCUACUCCCUGAUUGAUAUCUUCUUCAAGGGAGAGUUCAGCCCCAACUUCGAUGAGCGCUGGGUCGAGGACGUUGAAGUUCUGCACUACAACGACACCAAGAUCAACGAGAAGUCUGACCUAUCCAGACGAAUGCUCAUGAAGGGGUGUGACACUGACGACGGCACCCUGCGGAAGCAGAUUGGUAUCCCUAGACACCCUCGUCUCCACCUGUACCGCGGGUUUACCAAGUUUAUGAUGGAGGAUCUGAGCCAACUGCCGAAGUUUCAGAACUGUUCGCGGAAGCAGUUCAAGAAGACUGUUUCCAAGGUUGCGUUCAAUAUGAUCAAGAGAAACGACGCGUACUCAAACCUUGUGGAGCUUAUGUUCCCCCGGCACCUGCGUAUCUCGAUCCACGCGCACACGAACAGUGGCCCCAAAUUUGGGAUUAAAGUGAUCUCCGAGGAUCAGUGUCGGAUAAUCAAGGACCUGCAGGACCUGAUGGAGCCGAAAUUCGACGACUUGCUGCACAUCCCGACGCCCUGGCACAACUGUGUGGUGGAGGUGAUUGACACUGUCGUUGGUUGCGAGCCCCGCGGGCGUUUGUACUUGACCAAGACGGAGGUUGUCAAGAAGGCGAUUUCAAGCGGCAAGUAUACUGGUGAGUGGAACCCCACCAAGAUUGACGAGGGCAGGGGAGGCCACUAUAUUCUACGUCGGUUAUGA